AUGGAAACUGCCCUUGAAAGCUUCCCUCUCCUUACCCGUGCAUGGGUCUUACAAGAGCGUUGGCUAUCCCCGCGGGUACUUCACUUCUGCGGUUCUGAAGUCGUGUUUGAAUGUGCUCAGUUAACGACUUGCGAGUGUGGUCAAGCAAGACAAUCCUUCGUGGAUAUGAUAAAACCGUCAACGGAUCUUGCAGCUAUCGGGUGGGACUACUUCGUUACGACAUACAGCGCUUUAAGAAUUACGUACAACACGGAUCGCUUGAUUGCUAUAUCUGGUCUGGCAUCUACGUUGUACGAUAUGAGAUACAACCCUAAUGAAGGGGGUGAACACGGAAGCCUGCCGCUGUAUCUUGCUGGACUAUGGCGGAUGGAUCUCACCAGAGAUAUGUCAUGGUUUGUGGGAUCGACUAUGAUCUUUAGAAAAGACAACAACUCCAGAGCUGAAGCAAUAGGGACAGAGAGGGUGCGCAAGUCCAAGUCUACAACUUACGUUGCACCUUCUUGGUCUUGGGCUUCGAUAUCGGAUCCCAUACGAUAUCUCCACCUGGAUGAUCCAGAUCCGCAAUUCACUCUCCUAGAUGCGCAAAUCAACUUGGCUACUGAAGACAUGUUUGGACCAGUAAAAGAAGGCUGUUACCUCUAUUUGAGAGGGAAAAUCACGACUAGUUCCUGGGAAUUGACAAGUGAUGCUCAGAAUAUGUCGGUUUAUCGUCUUAAAGACAUUGUUGGUACUCAAAUACUUGGCGAGACAGACCGGGUGGGCGUGAACUUUUCUCCGGAUUAUGCAAUCGCUAAGCCCGGUCCAAAUCAGCUACACCCAGCAGCGAUGCUUUACGUGUUUCCAUUGGUAAAAAUCGGGGUGUCCUUCGCCGUAACCUUUGGAAAACAGGAGCCCGAGCUGAUCAAAGAGUCGAGAAGUACAUUAUGUCUGGUCCUAAAGGCAGUUGACAUACAGUUUGAAAAAGCUCGUGUGUAUGAGCGAAUUGGCUUCACCGAAUUCACGAAUUUCCAUUCCGGAAUCAGGAAUGUCGACCCUAAUGAUUAUUCAGAUGAAGACUUCUAUAUCAUAUAG